UUCUUCUCCUUCUGCCUCUUCAUCAUCAUCAUCAUCAUCAUCCUUGUUCAUCUGCACCUAUACUCGCAUGGCCUUUCCUAUCUGCAAUGCAAGCCAGCCACGAAUGCACACUUUCCUUGGAUUGCCCCAUGAUCAAGCCUUCCUCUUGGUCUAGCCCUUCCCUCAGUCCCUCUCGCUCGCAAAACCGAGUCGUGCUACUGCUGCUACUCUGUACUGCUGCUGCUACUUGGCCAGAUUCGGUCACCCUCCGAUGGGUCUGGAGCAAGAUCCACCUGUCAAUUGGCUCGCGUAGCUUUCGGCUCCAUUGUCGAUUUACACCCCAAACCUAACUCGGAUGGAAACUAGCCUAGGCCAAGCGGCAUCAGGGUUUCUUCUCACUACCAUUCAUACCCCUGCGCAAGGUCUACACUGUUCAUCGCCGUCUCGCUCGAGACG